UGGAGAGUUCUGGUAUUUGUAAGUUGUGUUUGCUUUUAUUGAGUGGCUCCACUCUGUAUAAAUAUUAGAUUUGCGAUUGGUGCAUCAGAGGAAUAGCUUUGUCUCUCUGGUCAGAAGCUUCUGAUGCUGAAAUCUGCAGUUAUACGCCUCAGCAACACUGGAACAAGGGAGCAGUCAACAAUGAAGCAAUUCGCUCUUCUGCUGCUCCUCAUCUCAGUGACUAGGGUGGCCCCUUGCUCCAAGAGCGUGGGUGCUGCUGAACUGAAACUCGCUGUCCAUGACCUGCUGGACAACUGGAAAGACACGUCCUGCUCCCAGAGUGGCCAGAGCUACCAGAACCUGCCUUGCAGCUGCAAGGGAAUUAAAGCCACCCGGGACGGGGCUGGAGAUGGGAUUUACACACUGCGCACUGAGAACGGCGAGACCUACCAGACCUUCUGCGACAUGACCAUCAUGGGGGGUGGCUGGACCCUGGUGGCCAGCGUGCAUGAGAACAAUGCCUAUGGCAAGUGCCCCACGGGCGAUCGCUGGUCUAGCCAGCAGGGGAGCAACGGCAACUACUCAGAGGGAGAGGGCAACUGGGCCAAUUACAACAUCUUCGGCUCCACGGCGGGCUCCACCAGUGACAACUACAAGCCAAAUGGUUCAGCGGUUUGUGAGACCAAGAACAUUGUUUUCCUCAUGUGA